AUGGGCGGCGGCAGAGAGGAUGAAGACGACCGGAUCCAUCGCAUGGCGAUGGAGGACCCGGUCGCCUGGUACAAAAAGCCAAACCUGCGCCGGAUGUACUUGCUGCUGUUCCCCUGUGUCAUCGGCAUCGAGAUGACAUCUGGGUUUGACUCGCAGAUUAUCAACUCUGCUCAGCUUCUCCCGGCCUGGAAGGACUUCUUUGGACAUCCCACCGGAGCAUACAAUGGCAUUCUCGCGUCGGCUCUUCCCCUCGGCUCCGUUAUUGGUCUCCCCUUUAUCCCCUUCGUCAACGAUACCUUUGGCCGCAGAUGGUGCAUCAUGUUGGGAUCGUGGGUGAUGAUCAUUGGUGCGAUCCUCCAAGGACUCGCUAUCAACGGUCCCAUGUAUAUCAUGGCCCGAGGCAUCAUUGGAUUCGGCCUUCCCUUCGCCAUCGUCGCUGGUGCUUCCUUGAUCGGAGAGCUGGGCUAUCCCAAGGAAAGGCCUAUUCUCACGUCGCUCUUCAACGCCUGCUACUUUAUCGGCGCUAUUGUGGCUGCAGGAUGCACUUACGGGACCCAGACCAUCCACAAUGACUGGUCCUGGCGCAUCCCGUCCUUCCUGCAGAUGGCCCCCGCACUACUCCAGGUCACUUUUGUCUUCUUCCUGCCCGAGUCCCCGCGCUUCCUCAUGAGCAAGGACAAGUAUGAGGAGGCCGAAGCUGUGUUGAUCAAAUACCACGCCGAGGGUGACGCAAGUUCCGAGUUCGUCAAGGCGGAGAUCCUUGAGAUCAAGACGACCCUGCAGAUCGAAAUGGAGAACUCGAAACGGUCAUGGAUGGAUUUGGUCCGGACCGCCGGCAUGCGGCGGCGGCUGCUCAUCGGCUCGCUGCUGGGCUUGUUCACGCAACUGUCGGGAAAUGUGGUCAUCUCGUACUUCCUGGGAGACGUGCUCAAGCUCAUUGGAUACACGGACCCAGCCUUCCAGACCCAGUACAACCUCGGCAACCAGUGCUGGUCACUCGUUUGCGGCGUGAGUGCAGCCCUGGUUGUCAUGCGUUUCCGCCGGCGUACCAUGUACAUGACGGGGAUUCUGGCCAUCCUGGCCGUCUAUGUCGCCUGGACUACAUGCACCGCCGUCUUCAUCGUCAACCACUCCCAGGUGGCCGCCAAACUUUGCUUGUUCUUUAUCUAUGCUUAUAGUCCUGCCUACAACCUGUGCUUUAACGCACUAACGUACAGCGAUGGCGAUGGCGAUGGUGGUGGUGGUGGUGAUGGGCGGUUGGCGGCGGGCACUGGUGCUAUUGGGUGGAAGUUUCUGCUCGUAUAUUGCUGCUGGAUCGUCGUCGAGGCGGUGCUGAUCUGGUUCCUGUGGCCCGAGACGUCCGGACGCUCUCUCGAAGAGCUUGCUUUCCUCUUUGAGCAGGACGAGUAUGCCCUUCGUCACGAGAAACUUGGUAUCGAGGAACACGAGGAGAAGACUGCGACCCAUAUCGUCGAGACGCAGGAGAGGGUGUGA